AACCAGCGAUAAACCCCAUGAGACCUGGCUGAGGUGGACAGUUCGCUGAAGGGGGGAAGAGUUAGCACGAAAGGCCGGUUCUGACUGACUGACGAGAAGCUAACAAAAUGCAAAGAUUUACAUUGUUCGCGAUAUUUGCAGCUCUGGUGGCGUUUUCAGUCGACGCAACUGUGUACUUUAAAGAGCAAUUCCUCGACGCCGAUGGGUGGAAGAAUCGGUGGGUGAACUCCGAGCACAAAUCUGACUAUGGACAGUUUAAACUUACUGCUGGAAACUUCUACGGCGAUGCAGAGAAAGACAAAGGUUUGCAAACCAGCCAGGAUGCCCGCUUCUAUGCUACCUCUGCCCGGUUCGAGCCUUUCAGCAACGAGGGCAAAAGCUUGGUAAUCCAGUUCACCAUAAAACACGAGCAGAAGAUCGACUGUGGAGGCGGCUACGUCAAAGUCUUCCCUGCUGACCUCAAUCAGGCCGAUAUGCAUGGAGACUCACAGUACUAUAUCAUGUUUGGUCCAGAUAUCUGUGGUUACAGCACAAAAAAGGUCCACGUCAUCUUUAACUACAAAGGCAAGAACCACCUUAUUAAGAAGGAUGUCAAGUGUAAAGACGACGAGCUGACCCACCUCUACACCCUGAUCCUGAACCCAGACCAGACCUACGAGGUGAAGAUCGACAACGAGAAAGUGGAGUCUGGCUCCCUGGAGGAGGACUGGGACUUCCUGCCACCUAAGAAGAUCAAGGACCCUGAAGCCAAGAAGCCAGAGGACUGGGACGACCGUGCCAAGAUCGACGACGAGACAGACACCAAGCCUGAGGACUGGGACAAAUCUGAGAAUAUUCCAGAUCCUGAUGCUAAGAAGCCUGAAGACUGGGAUGAGGAUAUGGAUGGUGAAUGGGAGCCUCCCAUGAUCCCCAACCCUGAGUACAAGGGAGAGUGGAAACCCAAGCAGAUCGAUAACCCCAACUACAAAGGAGUCUGGGUGCACCCUGAAAUCGACAACCCUGAGUAUAGCCCUGAUUCCGAGAUCUACAAGUUUGGAAAUAUUGGAGUUAUUGGUCUGGAUCUGUGGCAGGUUAAAUCUGGGACCAUUUUUGACAACUUCCUGAUCGGUGACGAUGUGAAAGAAGCAGAGGAAUUCGGAAAAGAAACUUGGGGCGUCACUAAGGGUCCAGAGAAGAAAAUGAAGGACGAGCAAGAUGAACAGAAACGCAAAGAGGAAGAAGAAAAGAACAAGGAGCAGGAGACGGCAACAGAAGACGAUGGAGACGACGACGAUGAUGAUGAGGAAGAGGGGGAGGAAGGGGAGGAAACAACAGAGGAGUCUGAGGGAGAGGGAGAGGAGGAUGAGGUUCAGGCUAAAGAUGAACUAUAAACCACUAUGCUUCCUCAGAGCAUUUCACCAGGGAUACGGCGGCUGGGCAUCAGGUCAAAAUGAUGCCGAUCGGAAUGUGACAGUUUUUUUGCGUUUUAUGCGGAACAGAAAGCAGAGUAGCAAAUUUCUGAUUUAGAAUUUGAUGUUUUGUUUUUGGGUGUUUUGUUUUAUUUUACAUAUUGUUUUGGGGAGGGAGAUGAGGUUAGGAAGCGGGUGAAGGGAUUUGGGGGUUGAAAUCUUUCAUAAAUCUUUUCCUUUUACUUGAUAGGAAAAAAAAAGAAAUCAGACUACUAUGCCCAACAGAUUUGUUUAAUUGUUUCUUCGUCGUCUUCAUUUCCGGAAGAGAAGUUACUGGUUCACAGCAGAGGAAGAUUUCUACCAAGUGAAAGCCUGCAGUUGAUUAUAUUACGAUGAAUCUUCCAACAGGGCUUCUUUCUACCAGUCAUUCUGUGACUUCCACAUUUUCUCUUUGGCACUGAUUUUGUUUUGUACCACAAUGUUUUCUGUUUCUAACUAAGAAGUUGAAUGUGAUUCACUCGUUCCAGCUCUAUUUAUUUAACACCGUUCUCCUGAGUAAUUUGACCCACAACACAAUUUUUUUACACACUGUGAAAAUAGUGACCAACAUACCCAGGAAAAACUGUUUAAUGAGUCUUCGCUUGAAGGUUCUCAAAGCAGAGACCUGUAUUUCCGAUGUCAAAUAAAUGAGACCUUAAAGUCAUGGUACUUCAGGGUCCCUUUGCUAAAUCAUCAGUUGUGUGUCUGUGAUGCCAAUACUUUUAAUAAAAGAAUUUAUUAAUGA